GCCACAGCGCGCCCCAGCGUCCCAGAGACGCGACCACAGCGGCCAUCCGAGGGCCGGGCUUCGUCCCCGAUCACACCGCUGGGGGACGGGUACCUUCUCGGGAUGACAAACAGAUGACUGGCCAGGCAGCAUAAAUAAAUCCUCUCCCCUCCGCCGGACAAGACUCGGACCCCCCGCAGAGAGCAGAGACAGGGGGGGUCAAACAGUGAUGGCCUCGGUUAAAAAAGACGACAGACUGACGAGUUCUCAGAGCUCUAUGUGCGUCGGUUUCGCCGGGAUUUUCAGUAAGAGCGUCACGUCGCCGUUGGAGGUGGUGAAGAUCAAGAGUCAGGUGGGAACCUUUCACUGCAAGCGGGGCUUGAGGCAGAGUUUUCUCCUCGUCUACCAGCAUGAAGGACUCCGGGGCUUCUGGAAAGGAAACCUCGCCUCUUGUCUGCGGCUGUUCCCCUACACCGCAGUUCACCUCGCGACGUACAAAAAGAUAGUCCACCUUCACAUGGAUGAACUGGGCUUCAUCUCUCAGUGGAGAGCCAUAUUGGCUGGAGGACUGGCUGGCUUUGCUGCUGCUAUGACAACGUACCCUCUGGAGGUGGCGGAAACGAGGCUCAUCAUUCAGAGCUGCAGGCAGCCCACCUACGUCGGAGUAGCUCACACGCUCUCAAAGAUCUACAGGAAUGAAGGGCUGCCUGCUCUCUACAGGGGCUUUUCUCUCACUCUGUUAGGUGCAUUUCCCUUCUCUAUCGGUUGCUAUGCGGUUUACAUGAACUUGGACAAACUCUGGCAGGAGCCUCCUUUUCGCUUCAGCCCCCUCCAGAACUUCAUUAACGGCUGCCUCGCAGCGGGAGUGGCCCAAACCCUCUCCUACCCUUUUGAAACUGUGAAGCGGAAGAUGCAGGCGCAGAGUGCCCGUCUUCCCCACCUCGGCGGCGUCGACGUCCAUUUCAAUGGAAUGAUUGACUGUUUCGUUCAGGUCGUAAAGAGCAACGGCGUCCUCUCGCUGUGGAACGGCCUCACCGCCAACACGAUAAAGAUCGUCCCCUACUUCGGUCUUCUUUUCACCUGCUUCGAGAUGUGCAAGCGGGUCUGCCUUUACCGCAACGGCUACAUCGUCUCGCCGCUGAGCUACAAACUGGCGCCGGGCGUCGACCAGAGCCUCGGGCCGCACGAGCUGCAGGAGGCCAAGCGCUACUUGAAAAACAGCAGCUUCGGGUCGGGGGGGUCGUCCCUGGGAAACCGCUGGUGAAGCUUCAGAGGAGAAGAUGUCUGACUGGGGGACCACGCUCGAAAGGACUCGUGUCUGUAAUAUUUAAAUUACAUUCGUGUCUCCGUUGAAGGUGCUAACAUGCAUUCGAAUGAUGUCCAGUCAGCAACAGCCUACCUCCUUCAGAGACUCCUCUUCUUCUUUUUCUACCCGUAGCAUUUGUUUAUUAACUGUUUAUUCACCCUCCACGUGUCCCCAUGACUGUCUUUUAAUCAAAUAUAAUGCUCCUUAAGCAUUAACUAUUUAUUUUCAUUGUUAUUUUAGUUAUUAACAUCAAACAGUGCCAUACUAUAGUGUAUCCAAAUGGAUUACAAAAAACGUAUUUUACUCUAUUUACCUGACAGAUUUUAUCGUCACUAUGCAAUGAACGUAAAAAAAUGUGGAUACUUUGUAAGUUUGAGUAGGUUAUGAUCAGAAAUGUAAGUGUGCUAACAUAGACUGUGAUGAAAGAAAAGUGUUUAAAACAUUAAACAUUUCUCACUUUUA